AUGGAUGCCAACCAGACGCCAGCGCCCGGUUUCUGGAGCUAUCUGAUCAAUCCUGACAAGAGUGCGACACCGCAGCUUGAACAACUCUGUCUAGGUAUUGCGAAAAUCAUCUCAACACUCGAGCCUGCUGGGCCUGAUCGCGAGCUCUCUCCCCCACGUCUGGCUGCAUUCUACAAAGCAGUAGGCGGCAACUACGACUCCCUCUUCCUCAAGACCUCCGACCAUGCUCUGUCUUUCAUGUACCAGACGCUCGGAUGCUUCCACAGCCUCCAACCCACCUCCAGCCCCUUUGAGACCCCGAGGAUCCCGUGCUUGACUCCACGGGGCUUUGCUCGCUGGCAAACGAUCCAAAUUCUCCUCUGCCCGGAAGAAAACGUCGGGUUCAUACAGAAAGCCGUGCAGGUAUGGAACGUCCCCAUGCCCAGCGGUGGUACCUUUCCGAAUUACAUUCCGAAUCACGUUUUCCCGGACAAGCCAGACGAAGACAUGGAAAGAUGGCAUCGAAUGGUCACGGGCCAACUUAACCAGAAAAACUACAUGCGGCGCAUCAAGAACUCACCAUAUCAAUCCCCACAUCCGGAGAUUUAUGAUCGACGUGACAGCUAUUUCUCGAACGCCCAUGUAGGUGGACCUUCGAAACUCUCUAAGAGCAGCUCGCGCGACGAUCAGGACCAUCUAGCAAACCUAUAUCACCGGCGAAGCAGCGUUCCAGACUUUCCAUCUCCGCCUGGCGAGAGAGGGUCACAUUGGGAUCCGCGAAACGGCCCCGAGGCGCGGAAAUCCAGAAGCCAUUCCGCGCAGAGACCACCUGUUCAGCCGGGCCGUCAACGAUCUCACACCGCUUCGGGUCCUCCGCCAGGUCCUGCACAGAAGGUCUCAAACACCAGCCCUGCUAGUGGAAUCAGAGGUGGCGGUUCGACUGACCGGUCGAGGCGACGCUCUUCUGGAUAUAAUCAUCAAUAUCGCUCGCCAGCCCGCACCCCUUCGACGGUGGACGAAGACAGUGGCAGCGAGGCCAGCUCGGAAACCUCACAGAAGACCCGCCGCCCUCGCGCCUCCGACGAGGACCGCAAGAUUCGCCAUUCAUCGAUCUGGAUACCGUCGUUUAUGAAGUCGCACAAACGCCGGCAUUCAUCUGAUGCAAGUUACCGUGCACCUGGACCUAGACCCCCGCAGCCGUUGCGGCCCGAGUACUACCCACCUCGUGCAAUCAAUCCAUCAUCACAGCCGCAACAGCCGCCCUAUCGAAGUGGCGGUGCUCCUCAAUGGCGUGACACAGCCUGGGAUAGUGAUCCAGUCAAAUCCGCCCCCGGAACCCCGAUCCAGCUCCAGGCACAACCGGACCCGCGUGCCCCGUCGAUACGUUUUCCUGACCAGGCCAACCUUGAGCCAUUGACGAGAGAUGGCAGCAGUGGGAGUGGGACAGACCACAGGUCCCGCUUCUCAGACUAUGAGCGAGGGAGUGCACAGAGACGGCAAGCCCGAGCCGUUCCUUCGAGGCCAGCAACCAUGACUGGAGUGCACGGGAGAAAGUAUCCCACCACCGAGCCUACGAACCCGCUCGACAGGCAGAGGAGUCAUGCAUCUAGCCGCGGUGGUGUGGCGACAAUGGGUUGA